AUGUCUGUUGAGGUGGAAAGUGAUCUGAUCAAGUUUUCGUACGGCAAGGCACAUGCCUCUGUUGCGAAAAAAGGCUGCACUUUGGUCUCAUUUGUGGUGAAUGGUGAUGAAUACUUGUAUCUCUCGGAAGCUGCCAAUUUGUCGAGCAAGAGCUCGACGCCUGUGAGGGGCGGCAUGCCGCUGAUUUUCCCAGCAUUUGGCAAGUCGUACCUGGAGAGCCUGAAAACGGUUCAGCAGCAUGGGUUUGUGCGCAACAUGGCUUGGGACUUUGUCAUAGCGGAGGUUUUGACAGAGUGCACGGUAGCACGGUUUCGGCUAAGCCAUCGGCAGUGCGAGAACGAGCAGCAGUACAAAAAUUGGUGCCAAUUCUAUGGCCAGCCUAUAAAGUUUGAGCUGUCGAUGGUUUUCGAGCUAUUUUCGGACCGCAUCACAGUGAACACGAGCCUUGUCAACGAGAACGUGUCUGAGCUGGAGUUUCAAUUUUUGUACCACACCUAUUUUCGAGUGCCCUGUGUUCGCGACAUGUAUAUCACGGGGCUGAAGGGGGCCAAAUAUCUGGACAGACUGCAGACCCGAUACCGGCUAGAUACCAGUCCUAUGCUCAAGGUGGAGGAGCAGACAGACAAAUUGUACAAGCUGGGCGAGAACAACCGGGAAAUUGAUAUUUUGUCGGGCAACUACAACGUGAGACUCACUGCGUCGGACAACUUGAGCGACCUGGUGGUUUGGAACCCGUGGAAAGAGGGUGCGGACAAGAUGAAGGACUUCGAGCCGAAAUCCAGCUACCGCAACAUGUGCUGCGUCGAGUUCGGCGCAAUUGAGGGCAUAACGGUCACCAAAGGCGGACGGUGGCAGUGCCAGCACACAAUUACUAUCAUUUAG